AUGCCGAUCAAUCACGCUAUUCAGAUCUACAAGACAGGCGGACCUGAAGUUAUCGAGUUGAAUAAGAUCAGUUUCCCCUCACCGAAACCUGAUGAGAUCCUGAUAUCUCUCACUUACAAUAUUUAUGGUACUUCAGUUGAUACGUAUUUUCGCAGGGGAAUAUAUCCAGUCACCCAGUUUCCGUAUACCCUCGGUGCCGAAUUAGCGGGAAAGGUUCUGGCUUUACCUACGUCUGAAGAAGUUUUAAACGAUAAGGAGUAUAAGUCACACAAUCUCAAAGUUGGAGACAACGUUGUUGCGCGUCAUACUUCGGGGUUCUCUAGGUAUCGAGCAGUUCCUUGGACGCAAGUUGCACCACUUCCAGAAGGAGUGUCCACGCGACUCGCAGCAGCAGCCUGUAUCUCUGGCCUCACGGCCUUGACAUUCCUCAAAGAAGCCUAUACAGUCAAGCCGAAUGAUUGGAUCCUCAUUCAUGCAGCAGCUGGUGGAUUCGGCAUUCAAGCUACUCAGCUUGCAAAGAAGUUUGGGGCGCGUGUCAUCGGAACGGUUUCAACACCUGAGAAGGCCUCACUUGCAAAGCAGCAUGGCGCUGAUUACGUCAUUAAUCAUACCAGAGAGAAUGUCGUGGAGAAAGUAUUGGAGUUUACAGGGGGUGCAGGUGUGCAAGCAGUUUAUGACGGAGUUGGGAAGGACACGCAAGUACCAUGGGAUGAUAACUUCAGCCUCAUCGCCAGGAAGGGAACGAUCGUGUCGCUGGGAAACGCGAGUGGCGUCGUUCCUCCAUUUUCACCACUGAAGCUUGUGACGAAGAACCUCAAGCUGUGUCGUCCAACUGUAAACACCUACCUCGUCACUCCGGAGGAGAGACUCUCCCAUAUACCAGAAUAUUUCAAUUAUCUGGCAGAGGGAAGUGUUAAGGUUGUGAUUCAUAAGGAGUAUCCAUUUUCCGCUGAAGGGGUACGUCAGGCGCAGGAAGACCUGAUGUCCCGUGGAACCGUCGGCAAAUUACUGAUUAAAAUUCGCAACGACUGA